GAAGUAGAUGUGUCUCACGGAAGCCGGGUUUGGCCCUGCGGCUGCUGCCGUCGCCGCGGAGAAAUUGUUGGAGCUGGCAGCCUAGGAAUGGUUCCACGCAGUCCCACCCGCUAAAUCUUCAGCCAAAGCUGAAAAUGAAAAUAAAAAUUAGAUGGACAGAUCAGAGUUCGAUCUCCAUUUCCCUGCUUUGGCUUGGAAGGGCAAGGGUGGUGCUGCUGAGCUGAGUGGGCAGCGAAGAUAAGAAAAAGUGAGCCACUAAUCCCUUGUUUCCUGCUGGUUUAUAGUCGAGGCCCUUCCUAGCGACUAAUCUCCUCUCAGCCUCUAAGCUCACCUGGUCAGAAUCCUUGGAUGAGCCUGUGGGACCCUUCCUCCUAGCCCUGUGGUUUGGAACCAGUGGCUUUGGGACUGUAAGAGGAUGGACAAAGGUAGUAUGAGGCCAGGCCAGCUCCCCAAACGCUCAGGCGCCAAGCAUCUGCUGAUUCCACCCCGUGCCUGGCACAUUCUCAGGGGCUGCUAGAUUCAUCUCUGAUGGCAUCAGGCACUGCCAGCCGCUCAGAGGAUGAGGAGUCGCUGGCAGGGCAGAAGCGGGCUUCCUCCCAGGCCUUGGGCACCAUCCCUAAACGGAGAAGCUCCUCCAGGUUCAUCAAGAGGAAGAAGUUUGAUGAUGAGCUAGUGGAGAGCAGCCUGGCUAAGUCCUCUACCCGCGCGAAGGGAGCCAGUGGGGUGGAACCAGGGCGCUGUUCGGGGAGUGAACCUUCCUCCAGUGAGAAGAAGAAGGUGUCCAAGGCCCCUAGCACUCCCGUGCCGCCCAGUCCAGCCCCAACCCCUGGACUCACCAAGCGCGUGAAGAAGAGCAAACAGCCACUUCAGGUGACCAAGGAUUUGGGCCGCUGGAAGCCAGCGGAUGACCUCCUGCUCAUCAAUGCUGUGCUGCAGACCAACGACCUGACAUCUGUCCACCUGGGCGUGAAGUUCAGCUGCCGCUUCACCCUUCGGGAAGUCCAGGAGCGCUGGUACGCCCUGCUCUACGAUCCGGUCAUCUCCAAGCUGGCUUGCCAGGCCAUGAGACAAUUGCACCCAGAAGCCAUUGCCGCCAUCCAGAGCAAGGCCUUGUUUAGCAAGGCUGAGGAGCAGCUGCUGAGCAAAGUGGGAUCGACCAGCCAGCCCACCUUGGAGACCUUCCAGGACCUGCUACACAGACACCCUGAUGCCUUCUACCUGGCCCGUACUGCCAAGGCUCUGCAGGCCCACUGGCAGCUCAUGAAGCAGUAUUACCUACUGGAGGACCAGACAGUGCAGCCGCUGCCCAAGGGGGACCAAGUGCUGAACUUCUCCGACGCAGAAGACCUGAUUGAUGACAGUAAGCUCAAGGACAUGCGGGAUGAGGUCCUAGAACAUGAGCUGACGGUGGCCGACCGGCGCCAGAAGCGAGAGAUUCGACAGCUGGAACAGGAGCUGCAUAAGUGGCAGGUGCUGGUCGACAGCAUCACAGGCAUGAGCUCUCCUGACUUCGACAACCAGACUCUGGCGGUGCUGCGGGGCCGCAUGGUGCGGUACCUGAUGCGCUCCCGAGAGAUCACCCUGGGCAGAGCAACCAAGGAUAACCAGAUUGAUGUGGACCUGUCUCUGGAGGGUCCGGCCUGGAAGAUCUCCCGGAAGCAAGGUGUCAUCAAGCUGAAAAAUAAUGGUGAUUUCUUCAUUGCCAAUGAGGGUCGGCGGCCCAUUUACAUCGAUGGACGGCCUGUGCUGUGUGGCUCCAAAUGGCGCCUCAGCAACAACUCCGUGGUGGAGAUUGCCAGCCUGAGAUUCGUCUUCCUCAUCAACCAGGACCUCAUUGCCCUUAUUCGGGCCGAGGCCGCCAAGAUAACGCCACAGUGAGGAGUGGUGGCGGGACCCGUGUGCUCUCUCUGGCCUCCGGUUCCCCUGCCAUUCCAGCCCCUAGGAGCUGGGAACUCAGGCUCCUGGAAAAACCAUGGUGGGCAGGAGGAGACCCAACUGGCCCAUUGAUCUGAGCCUCUGUGGGAGGGCAGGGCCGGUCCUUGGGAAGCCCCUCGAGGCUGGAACCCUCCGGCUUCCUUAGAGCCAGAGCCCCUCCCCUUCUCUCUCUGCAGACCACCCUCCUCUGCCCCUCAGAUUCCCACCUUUUCCCUUUGUCUCCAGCUGAUUGGCUUCAGACUUUUCCUUUAUUAUUUUUCUUUUGUAAAUAAAAAGCACCGAGUUCCAAAGUA